AUGAGCUACGAUCCUUACAUCUCGUACCGCCGCACUUGGGACAACUACCGAGGCUCCUCUCUCCCCUCCACCAAAUCCUUCAUGUACUCCUCUCUUUACUCCUCCUCUUCCUCCCGAGCCCUGGGCCUGGCGGCUGGGAAGCAGCGGACCCUGCGUCCACUGGCCUCUUCCUCUCUGCCGGAUGCAUCUGCGCGGAUGGACCUGGCCCAGGCCUCCAGCCUCAACACGGAGCUGCUGGGACUCCGCAGCCAGGAGAAGGAGCAGCUGGUGGGCCUCAACGACCGCUUCGCCACCUACAUCGACAAGGUGAGGCACCUGGAGCAGCAGAACCGGGCCCUUCUGGCAGAGCUGGAGGCCCUCAGGAGGAGGCAGAGGGACCCGUCCCGUCUUCAGGGGCUCUACGAGGGUGAAGCCCGGAGCCUCAGGGCUGCAAUCGACCAGAAGACAGGAGAUAAGAUGCGCAUGGAGGCAGAGAGGGACUACCUGAGGGACGUGUAUGGGCAGCUGAAGGAGCGCUACGAGGAGGAGGCGCGGUGCCGCGCGGAUGCGGAGGAGGCCCUGCAGAGGGCCCGGGAAGAGGUGGGGCGGGCCGUGCUGUCUAACUGCGACGCAGAGGCCAGCGUGGUCUCCCUGGAUGAGGAGAUGUGCUUCCUGAAGAAGGUGUUUGUGGAGGAGCAGGCGGAGCUGCAGGCCCAGGUAGCAGCGGCUAACGUGUGCGUUGACGUGGAGGUGAGCAGGCCAGAUCUGUCGGCGGCACUCAGGGAGAUCCGGGCGCAGUACGAGCGGCUGGCCAAUAAGAACAUGCAGGCGGCCGAGGACUGGUACCGGGGGAAGUUUGAGUCAGUGGCGGAGAUGGCAUCGAAGAACAACGAGGCGGUGCGCUCCAUCCGGGAGGAGACCAUGGAAUACCGCCGGCUGCUCCAAUCACGCUCCUCUGAGAUCGAGGCCCUGCGGAACGUCAUCGAGUCGCUGAACAAACAGCUGGAGGAGCUGGAGGAGCACCAGGGGAAAGAGGUCACCAAGUACCAGGUACAGAACCAGGGGAAAGAGGUCACCAAGUACCAGGUACCAGAACCACUCAAUCAUUCAGAACCAGGGAAAUAGGUAUAGAACCAGGGGGAAAAGGUAUAGAACCACUCAAUCAAUCAGAACCAAGGAAAUAGGUACAAAACCAAGGGGAAGAGGUAUAGAACCAGGGGGAAGAGGUAUAGAACCAGGGGGAAGAGGUAUAGAACCAGGGGGAAGAGGUAUAGAACCAGGGGAAGAGGUAUAGAACCUUGUUGAUAUGUAUGCUGAAGAGCAGUAGUAGGCUACAUUUUGCCCUUGGAGCACAGAGAGUAGCGACUCUGAUGCUGCUAUGACAAAACUGCUUUGUUCCCUAUAUGGAAAGUGUUUCACUGCACCAGCCUUCCCCAACCCACCUCUCCUCUCCUCUCCCUACCUCUCCUCCCCUCCCAAACCUCUCCGUCUCCCUCCCUACCCUCCCCCUCCCAACCUCUCCUCCCCUCACAAAACCCUCUCUCCCCCUCCCUACCUCCCCUCUCCUCUCCCUACCUCCCCCCUUUUCCCAAACCCCUCUCCUCUCCCUACCCUCCCUCCCUCCCACCUCUCCGCUCUCCUCUCCCUCCCUCUCCUCCCCUCCCCCUCCUCCUCCUCCCUCCCCCAUCUCUAACUCUCCUCUCCUCCUCCCCCCUCCCCCCCCUCCUCUCCUCUCCUCCCUCCCCACCUCUCCCCCCUCCUCCCCCCCUCCUCUCUUUCCCCACCCUCUCCUCCUCCUUUUUCCUUCCCCCCACCCCUCCCUGCCUCCCUCUCUUUGCCCCCCUUUCCCUCUCCUCCCCCCCACCCCCCCUCUAAACCACCCCCCUCUCCUCCCCCCGCCAAAUCCCCCCUCCCCCCCACCUUCCUCCAACCCCCCACCUCUCCCUCCACCACCCCCACCUUUUCCUCUCCUCUUCCCCCCCCUCCUCUCCUCCACCCCACCUCUCCCUUCUCCUCCUACCCCACCUCCUCCUCUCCUCACCCCCCCACCUCUCCUCUCCCCCUGCCCCUCCCCACCCCCCCUCUCCUCCUCUUUCCCCACCUUUCUCCUUCCUCUCUUCCCCCCCACCUUUUCCAUUUCCCCCCCCCCCUUUCCUCUCCUCCUAAGUACUAAUUUUAAGAGGCAAUCAGUUUGUGCAGGGAGCCAACCCAGAGAAUGCAUGUCAUGCCAUUGUGCAGAGGAGAUAGUCUGCAAUCCCGCAAGGUUUGUCAGUAUUCCUAAGGAGACAAAAUGCAGAGGAAGGUCACACCAAAUCUGUUAUUCAGCUGAAUAUGUCAUUUCACUGUUUCUAUAUUUAAAAUAAUAAAGACCUGGUCUGCGUCUCAAUUGCACACUAUUUCCAAUAUAGUGCACUACUUUUGACCCGGGCGCAUAGGGAACACUAUAUAGGGAACACUAUAUAGGGAACACUACAUAGGGAACACUACAUAGGGAAAACUACAAUAGGGAACACUACAUAGGGAACACUAUAUAGGGAACAAAUUAUAGGGAACACUACAUAGGGAAAAACUACAUAGGGAACACUACAUAGGGAACACUAAAAUGGGAACACUACAUAGGGGAAAACUAUAUAGGGAACACUCAUAGGGGAAAACUACAUAGGGAACACUACAUAGGGAACACUACAUAGGGAACACUACAUAGGGAACACUAUAUAGGGAACACUACAUAGGGAACACUACAUAGGGAACACUACAUAGGGAACACUACAUAGGGAACACUAUAUAGGGAACACUACAUAGGGAACACUACAUAGGGAACACUAUAUAGGGAACACUACAUAGGGAACACACAUAGGGAACACUACAUAGGGAACAAAUACAUAGGGAACACUAUAUAGGGAACACUAAAAUAGGGAACCCUACAUAGGGGAAAACUAUAUAGGGAAAAACUACAUAGGGGAAAACUAUAAAAGGGAACACUAUAUAGGGAAAAACUAAUAGGGAACACUACAUAGGGAACACUAUAUAGGAACACUACAUAGGAACCUACAUAGGGAACACUAUAUAGGGAAAAACUAUUAGGGGAACACUAUAUAGGGAACACUACAAUAGGGAACACUACAUAGGAACAUACAAGGGAACACUAUAUAGGGAACACUAAUAGGGACACUACAUAGGGAACCCUACAUAGGGAACAUACAUAGGGAACCAACAUAGGAACACUAUAUAGGGAACACUACAUAGGGAACACUACAUAGGGAACACUACAUAGGGAACACUACAAAAGGGAACACUAAUAGGGAACACUACAUAGGGAACACUACAUAGGGAACACUACAAUGGGAACACUACAUAGGGAACACUAAUAGGGAACACUACUAGGGGAAAACUACAUAGGGAACACUAUAUAGGGAAAACUACAUAUAGGGAAAAAACUACAUAGGGAACACUAUAAGGGAACACUACAUAGGGAACACUAAUAGGGAAACACUAUAUAGGGGAACACUACAUAGGGAACACUACAUAGGGAACACUAUAUAGGGAACACUACAUAGGGAACACUACAUAGGGAACACUAUAUAGGGAACACUACAUAGGGAACACUACAUAGGGAACACUAUAUAGGGAACACUAUAUAGGGAACACUAUAUAGGGAACACUACAUAGGGAACACUACAUAGGGAACACUACAUAGGGAACACUAUAUAGGGAACACUACAUAGGGAACACUACAUAGGGAACAGCUAGGGUGCAAUUUGGGGCACAGACCUUGCUGUUUUAUGGCCUUGAUUUUUUAAAUGUGAUGUUAUUGUUUCAGGUGAGGAUAAAUGGUCUGUUUGUUUCAGGAUAAAUGGUAUGUUUGUUUCAGGUGAGGAUACAUGGUCUGUUUCAGGAUAAAUGGUCUGUUUGUUUCAGGAUAAAUGGUCUGUUUGUUUCAGGUGAGGAUAAACGAUCUGGAGAGCGACAUAAACGAGGCUAAGCAGGAGAUGGCUCGCUACCUCAGGGAGUACCAGGACCUUCUCAAUGUCAAAAUGGCUCUGGACAUUGAGAUAGCUGCAUACAGGUAACCUUAACCAUGGCUCUGGACAUAGAGAUAGCUGCAUACAGGUAACCUUAACCAUGGCUCUGGACAUAGAGAUAGCUGCAUACAGGUAACCUUAACCAUGGCUCUGGACAUAGAGAUAGCUGCAUACAGGUGACCUUAACCAUGGCUCAGCCACUUAUCGAAUGAAAUCAAAGUUAAUUUGUCAUACGCACAGAAUACAGCGAGGAAUACACAGCACAAUGAAAUGCUUACUGUCAAACAUAUCAACCUGGAUCUACAACCGCUUGUGUUUGAUAUGACCAACACAUGAAUAUACAAUAUACUGUAUAUAUAGUCCCCUGUAGCUCAGUUGGUAGAGCAUGGCGCUUGCAAUGAGUGCAUACAUUUUCAUACUGGCCCCCCGUGGGAAACGAACCCACAACCCUGGUGUUGCAAGCGCCAUGCUCUACCAACUGAGCUACAGGGGACUAUAUAUACAGUAUAUUGUAUAUUCAUGUGUUGGUCAUAUCAAUGUGUUGGAUAAGAGCGUCUGCUAAAUGACUAAAAUGUAAAAUGUAUAUAAACAAAAGUAUGUGGACACCCCUUCAAAUUAUUGGAUUCGGCUAUUUCAGUCACACCCAUUGCUGACAGGUGUAUAAAAUCAAGCACACCGCCAUGCAAUCUCCAUAGACAAACAUUGGCAGUAGAAUGGCCUUACUGAAGAACUCAGUGACUUUCAACUUGGCACUGUCAUAGGAUGCCACCUUUCCAACAAGUCAGUUCGUCAAGUGCUGUUAUUGUGAUGUGGAAACAUCUAGGAGCAACAACGGCUCAGCCGCGAAGUGGUAGGCCACACAAGCUCACAGAACGGGACUGCCGAGUGCUGAAGCGCGUAACACGUAAAAAUCGUAUGUCCUCGGUUGCAACACUCACUACCGAGUUCCAAACUGCCUCUGGAAGCAACCUCAGCACAAUAACUGUUCGUCGGGAGCUUCAUGAAAUGGGUUUCCAUGGCCGAGCAGCCACACACAAGCCUAAGAUCACCAUGUGCAAUGCCAAGCGUCGGCUGGAGUGGUGUAAAGCUCGCCACCAUUGGACUCUGGAGCAGUGGAAACACGUUCUCUGGAGUGAUGAAUCACGCUUCACCAUCUGGCAGUCCGACGGACAAAUUUGGGUUUGGCGGAUGCCAGAAGAAUGCUACCUGCCCGAAUGUUUAGUGCCAACUGUAAAGUUUAGUGGAGGAGGUCUGGGGCUGUUUUACAUGGUUCGGGCUAGGCCCCUUAGUUUCAGUGAAGGGAAAUCUUAACGCUACAGUGUACAAUGACAUUCUAGACGAUUCUGCGCUUCCGACUUUGUGGCAACAGUUUGGGGAAGGCCCUUUCCUGUUUCAGCAUGACAAUGCCCCCGUGCACAAAGCGAGGUCCAUACAUAAAUCUUUUGUCUAGAUUGGUCUGGAAGAACUUGACUGGCCUACACAGAGCCCUGACCUCAACCCCAUCGAACAUCUUUGGGCUGAAUUGGAAUGCCGACUGCGAGCCAGGCCUAAUCGCCCAACAUCAGUGCCCGACCUCACUAAUGCUCUUGUGGCUGAAUGGAAGUCCCCCGCAGCAAUGUUCCAACAUCUAGUGGAAAGCCUUCCCAGAAGAGUGGAGGGGGUUUUUGCAUAUUUAAGCCCGAUUUUGGAAGGGAAUUUUGGCAACAGGGGGGCCCCUACGGAAGGGGAGGACCAAAACAGGGGAAGGGCCGGCCAGAAGACCCACACAGAAAACGGGGCGAAAACAAGUUAAAACUUACAGGGAAAACCCGGAGGGAGAAGAGAGGCGACCCGGCCCGAAAAAAACCCCCAACCAAACCCCCCAAAACCCGGAACCCCCCAAAACAAACCCAACCCAACCCCAAACCACCCCCCGGACCAAAACCCCCCCCCCCCACCCAAACCCCCACAAACCCCCCCCCACCCCCCCAAAAAACCCCCCCCCCCCCCACCCCCCAAAACCCCCCCACCCCACCCACCAAACCCCAACCCCACCCCACCCCCCAAUCCACCCCCCCACCCACCCCCAAAACCCCCCCCCCCCACCCACCAAACCCCACCCCACCCCCCCACCAACCCCCCCCCCCAACCCCACCCACCAAAACCCCACCCCAAACCCCCCCCCACCAAACCCACCCCCCCCCCACCCGGCCAAACCCCACCCCCCCACCCCCCCGCCCCCCCACCCCACCCCCCCCCAGAAACCCCACCCACCCCCCCCGAAACCCCAAACCCCCCUCCCCACCCUUACCUACACCCACCCCACCCACCCUUACCUAAACCCCACCCCCUCCACCCACCAACCACCCCCACCCCACCCUACCUAAACCCAUCACCUCCCCCACCUACCACCCCACCCCCUUUACCUAAACCCAAUACCUCCCUCCCCCAUACCACCCCACCCCACCCUACCUAACCCCCCCCCACACCUACCUCCCUACCUCCGCCCACCCACCCCCCCCACCCUACCAAACCCCAUACCAAACCCCACCCCACCCUAAACCUAAACCCAAUACCUCCCUCCCCAUACCACCCACCCCACCCCACCCUUACCUAAACCCCAUACCUCCCUCCCCCAUACCACCCUACCUAAACCCCAUACCUCCCUCCCCCAUACCACCCCACAACUCAUCCCCGCAGUACCACCCUAAUCUAGUACCACCCUAAUCUAGUACCACCCUAAUCUAGUUCCACCCUAAUCUAGUUCCACCCUAAUCUAGUGCCACCCUAAUCUAGUGCCACCCUAAUCUAGUACCACCCUAAUCUAGUUCCACCCUAAUCUAGUACCACCCUAAUCUAGUGCCACCCUAAUCUUGAACAGCCCCCCUAAGCAUCCUAAACGUCAUCCUUCCGAAGACAGAUGUGCCCUUGUUCUACACAAGAGGUCCACCACGAAGACAGAUGUGCCCUUGUUCUACACAAGAGGUCCCCCUUCUUCUACACACUGAUGUUGUGACAUCAUACAUCAACAAAAUGGCCGCCAGGCAGAAGACUGCUGAGAGAGAGACUGCGCUGCAUUAGCUCAUACAGCUAAGCCUGUGAGCAAUAUCCUCCUGCUAGAGUUCCCCCUCCGUUAGCCUGGUCCCAGAUCAUUAUGUGCCUCCAUGCCACCAUGAUAUCCCAGCAUCAGGCUCAGCGUUUGAUUUGACUAUCCCCCAUUGUGCAAACAUUUGACCAAUUGUUUGUAAAGGAGGACUUUAUUAAAAUGUUAUUUAGGUUUGGAUGGUUGGAUUGUAUCUGUGUUGUUCUCAUACCACUAGAAACCUGUUGUGGCAUAUUGAUUAGGAACAUAUUGAUGUGGAGCUCUAUCAACAGGAUAUUGAUCCUGACCUGAUCAGUACCCCUGGUUCCGUAGCCGUAGCCAGUGGAACAGUAACCUUAAAGUUUAUUGACCUUUCCUUCUCCGUUACUCUUCCAUUAUAUUUCCAUCCUCUUAUCAAGUUACCACAAGCUUCAGUCAGGUGAAGAUAAGACAAUGAUUAGUUCUGGCAUGUUGUUCAUGAAACAUAAAUAUUAAGCCAACCGGUUUCUUGCCGUAUGUAUGGGAAGCUGUGGGUAAGGAAAUGUCAUGGAAGACUGCAUUAUUAAAGCUUAGUUACUGGUUUCUCCCUGUGAUCUUAGAGAAAUAGCUCUGUUAGCUUCUGUUAGCCCUUUUCUGUUCUGUAAGGCCUUCCGAACCUAGCCUGGGUACCAGUCUGUUAGCUUCUGUUAGCCCUUUUCUGUUCUGUAAGGCCUUCCGAACCUAGCCUGGGCACCAGUCUGUUUGUGCUAACGUUCCACUCCUUGCCGCUCCUUGUCAUACCAAACAUGUUUGGCAUAUGACACGGAUUACAAGGAGUGGAAUGUUAGCACGAAACAGGUCUGGAUUUCAGGCUGAUCUGAACCUACAAGCUACAAGUAAACAGUAAAACAACUGAAGAAUAACUUCUGCCUGGUAACAGAAGUAUCUAGCCUGGUAACAGAAGUAUCUAGCCUGGUAACAGAAGUAUCUAGCCUGGUAACAGAAGUAUCUAGCCUGGUAACUCAAGCUCUUUGCUGUGCAUAUGUAUGCCGACCGAUCCUAGAUCUGAACGGUGCUUUAGAUCUGAGAUACUAUCCCAAGUCUGAACCUUAUACUGUAUGAUUGGUAUACCUGUAAGGGCCAGCAACUUGCUGAAUAAAAAUUACAUAACUGAACUGCAAAUGAUUGCAUAGAUUUUUGCAUUUUUUUAAAUAAUGUGAUUGAAUUAUUCUAGUGUCAGUUCAAACAAAAGCAUGUCUCUAGUAGGCUUUGGUGACCUAUUUAUUACUCAAGUAGAAGAGCUGCUUCCUGCCUUCCUCUGAUAGUGACCCUUGACCCUAUGAGGCUACAGAGCUCCAACCGGGGAGCUGUGAUGUGUAGGCUACAGAGCUCCAACCGGGGAGCUGUGAUGUGUAGGCUACAGAGCUCCAACCGGGGAGCUGUGAUGUGUAGGCUACAGAGCUCCAACCGGGGAGCUGUGAUGUGUAGGCUACAGAGCUCCAACCGGGGAGCUGUGAUGUGUAGGCUACAGAGCUCCCAACCGGGGAGCUGUGAUGUGUAG